AUGCCACCCAAAUCAAUACUACCUCUCCAGAAGGCAAUUCUACCUGCAGAUGCAAAGGCACGGUUACGAAGAGCAGAGAAUGCUAGGAAACGUUUAGCGGGCGGUCGUCCCGUUAGGGAGGAAUCAGAUGAAGAAGAGGAGUCGGGAGGAGCGGCUGAAUGGGAAUGGAUAUACGAAGACGACACUUUCGAAGAAGCUGUUUCACCAUCCCAGACUAAUGCCAAAGAGAGCAAAAGCGCGGCAGCUAACAAAACGCGUCGACUUCUGAGAGGUACAGGAACUAAAAGGAUUAUUGGUGCUAAGGCUGGAAAGAUUAUCUGCAAGAUUGCAGAUUGUGUCUUGAUCAACAAUGAUACCUCGAACACAAAUUGGGUUGGAGUUAUCUCAGGGUUCGAAGAAGAUGAGGGCUAUGAUGAGAAUGCCGAAUCAUAUCUUGAUAUAAUGAAAGCCAAUAUAUGGUGGUUCAGCAGCCCAAAGGAUAUUCACAGUAAAACGAGGAAGCGUCCAGACUUAUUAGAAAACGAGCUCUAUAUAUCCUCUGAUCUUGACACAAUCUCUCUGGGAACAAUAAAUGGUAUUGCUACGAUCCUUUCCGAAGGAGCAUUCAAAGCCAAACAUCCAACAGGAAAGAUACCUAAGAAUCGAAAGGAGCAUGGGAAAACAUUCAUAUGCCGUCGAGGGUUACAUAGCAAGUCUGUCACAUAUACAGAUGAAUUUGUAUGGGAGGAUAUAUACCAUAAUACGGAGCAAAGUGUUGAAAAGUUGAUCGAGAAGAUAGAAAACAGCAUUCCAAACAACAAGAAAAAGAAACCUAUACUUCCUAGGAAGCAGCAUGAAGAUGACGACAACGCAAGUGUGGCAUCUGAGUCUGAUUAUUCAGAAGUGGAUGAAGAAAUCUUAGCAACACCGCGGAAAAGGCAAAAGACUACCAAAGCUGUGACUCCUCGAAAACCACGCACACCGUCCAAGCUACUUACUCCAAGUCACAAACGAAUUAUUGUCAAGAAGCCACUAGAAUUCACACCCUUAGGAAUGCGCAUGCUCUCACCAUCCGUUAACGCUUCUCCCUUUCAGACAGCUCGAUCACGUCUUCACGUUUCAUCCGUCCCCGAUACUCUUCCCUGUCGCGAGGAAGAAUUCUCAUCCGUAUAUACACAUCUGGCAGCUGCUAUCACGGAUGGCACUGGCUCCUGUAUUUAUAUCUCAGGAACUCCAGGAACUGGGAAAACCGCAACGGUUCGAGAAGUCGUUGCUCAACUUAGUGCAUCCGUUCUGGCCGAUGAAUUAGAUCCUUUCAUAUUCGUCGAAAUCAACGGAAUGAAAGUUACUGAUCCACAUCAAUCAUAUUCAUUAUUAUGGGAAGCUCUGAGAGAAGAUCGAGUGAGUCCAAGUCACGCAUUGGAUUUAUUGGAGAGGGAAUUUAGCAAACCAUCACCGAGGAGAGAACCAUGUGUAGUGUUGAUGGACGAAUUGGAUCAAUUGGUAACCAAAAACCAAAGCGUGAUGUAUAAUUUCUUCAAUUGGCCUGGCCUACGACAUUCUAAACUAAUCGUACUCGCUGUGGCUAAUACCAUGGAUUUGCCUGAACGUACUCUUUCCAACAAGAUUUCCUCACGUCUCGGUCUAACUCGUAUAACCUUCCCAGGCUACACCCACGAACAACUCCAAACCAUUAUAACCUCCCGUCUAACCGAUGUCCCCACCCAUCUCAUCCACCCGGACGCCAUCCAAUUCGCCUCCCGCAAAGUCGCCUCCGUUUCCGGCGACGCCCGUCGCGCCCUCGAUAUUUGCCGUCGAGCCGUCGAACUCGCAGAAGCUGAGUCUCUCUCCAUCCCAGACACACCAUCAAAAACCCCAGGUCGAGAAGAACGAAAGGGCAAAGGUGUGGUAAGCAUAGCUACGGUUAAAAAGGCAAUAAAUGAGGCUACAACAAGUCCGCUUCAACAGUAUUUGAGGGCUCUACCACUCGUUACGAAAUUGUUCCUUGCGGCGCUCAUUCUCAGAUUGAGGAGGGCGGGGACGGGCGAGUGCUUGAUUGGGGAGGUGGUGGAUGAGGCGAGGAGGAUGGCCAAAUUGGAUACGAGUGGGAGUGUGAUUGGGUAUUUGCUUGUAGGUGGGGACGGCAAGGGAGGAGGAGGUGCCGGUGGUGGUGGUGGAGAUAGAACAAGGGGAAGAGCAACAGGAAGAGGGGCGAGGGUACAGGGGAUGGGAGAGGCGACGAUGGAAUUAAUGGAAGCGGGAAUCAUAGGUGUGGAGGUUCGGAAAGCGGAGAGGAUGGGUAAGGUUAGGUUGGGGAUUGGAGAGGAGGAUGUUAAGGUUGCUUUUAGGGAUGAUCCUGAGAUUAGGGGAUUGGGAUUUACGGGGUAG